GGGAAUCCAGGAAUGACUCCAGGAUUUGUGAGCAGCAUCCCAGGAUGUUUCCAGGGGUCUUCUAGCCAAAGCUGACCCCCUGUUUCUCAGCUGAUCCCAGUUCCCCUCCUUGGCACCUCAUAGAUGAACUUUUUCCAUGUGUUACUUUGUGUCCUAAGUGUCCCCUCAGUGUGUCCCUCUUUGUCCUCCAGUGUCCCACACUGCUCGUGGUGGCCCGUCCCUACCAUGGCCCUCCUGGCUCACACUCUGACACUGCUGGCAAUGGCUGUGGCCACCGUGGCCAUCAAGGUGGUGCCCCUGGACAUGGCCCGGGACUCGUUCGAUGACCGGUAUGAGGGCUGUGACCCAGCCAUGCACGCAAUGUUGCCUGACCUCUACAGCUUUGAGCGCCAGAUGAAUCAUCUCUUUGCCUGGGGCUGGUAUAAGGCUGAAGCUGAGUGGCGCAGGCGGGGCUCCCUUGUGUCCCCUCUGCCGUCCAACUGGCAUGCCAUUGCUCUCAUGGCCUACACAUCGCCAGAGGUGUACAAGGAGUUCAACACGGCCGUGCGCACGGCUGGGCACUCCCGCCAGGAAUACCUGAAGCACUUCCACUUCAAAAUGUUGCAUUUCCUACUGACUGAUGCCUUGGUGACACUGAGGCAGGCUCAGAACUGGCAGUGUCGCCGUGUGUUCCGGGGUGUGCAUGAUGUUCAUUUUCAGGCACAGCAAGGCAAGAGGGUCCGGUUCGGUCAAUUCACAUCGACAUCACUGAGCAAAGGGAUUGCUCUGGAAUUUGGGGCAGACACAAUUUUCGAAGUGCACACAUGCCAUGGUGCGGACAUCCGUCAGUUCUCCAUGUAUCCAGAUGAGGAGGAGGUGCUGAUCCCACCAUAUGAGACCUUCACAGUCACCCAAGUCAUCUGGGAUGGGAGAAGGACAUGGAUCUGGCUCCGCUCUGCCGGGAUCUUCAGCAAAUACAACUGUGAGGUCAGUGAGGUGACAGCACAGGGGACAACCUGGAGGGAUGGGGACACCCACUGUGGGCAUGGGGGCACCCAUGAUAAGGCACAGGGAACAAUGACACUCACUGGGCAUGGGGGACAGGGACAACCCACUGUNAAAGAAACUCCAAUAAGGAUUUUAUUCAA